GACUCGGGUCACGCGGGCGGGGCGGCGCGCGCUCGGCAGCGCUGCGCUUCCGGGUUCCAGCCGGAGCCUUGGGGCCGCGGAGCAGAGUCACUGCCUUCUUAGAUCCAGUCCCCAUCCUGACAAAGCCAUGAGAUGAAAGUCUGAGUGACAGGAUCAGUUUGUCUUGGUGUUGACCUCUCCUUUAGGUUGCUGAUUCCUCUCCCCUUCCCCUGCUCCCUCCGCUCCCUCCGCGCACAGCCCUAAGCCAGAGUGUCAUGUAAUCAGAGUUAGGUGGCAGCAGGAGUUGAAAUGCAUUCCAGUCACACAACUGAAAAUGGACCUGACCCCAAGGUAGUAAUACAGUUGAUCAAGAAGCAGUUGGUGAGUUCCAUCAAGGGAUUGCAGAAACAGUAUGUAACCUCCGAUGCCGUUGUAACCAGUGACACUGACGAUGCUAAUGCCCUGUGCUGUGCACUAGAGGCUGUGUUUGUGCAUGGACUGAAGGCGAAGUACAUAAAAACAGAGGCUGGAGGAAAAGGGAAAAAAACAUGUGGCCGUGCACCUCUUCCCCAGCCCGUCUUCUGGGGCUUGCUGAAAACCAUCACGCACAGAAACAUCAUUUUAGAGCUGGAACAGUUAAAUUUUAUCAGCACUGACGUGGGGCGCUGCCGUGCCUGGUUAAGGCUUGCCUUGAAUGAUGGCCUCAUGGAGUGUUAUUUGAAGUUACUGCUACAAGAGAAGUCCAGGCUGCCUGAGUAUUAUCAGACAACAGCCCUGCUGCUGGAUGCAGAGGAAUGUGAAUUUCUGCUUAGCUUCUUGCAAGGGUUAACUUCCCUGACCUUCGAACUGUCCUAUAAAUCAGCAGUUUUAAAUGAAUGGACUAUAACUCCCUUGUCCCUGUCUGGUCUGUGUCCUGUUUCGGAGCUUCUGGAGCAUCUAACAUCCUCUAGUUCUGAAUCCCAAAGAAAGGAGUCCCUGGGUCUGGUCUCACGUUCUUCGGGAUCUGAUGAUAUUGAAGCUCAACCCAACAUAUUGCCCCUCAGUAAAAAUGAGGACCAAAGUAAACUUACAUGCUCUACGCUAAGCCUUAACACUACGAGUUCAUCCCAGCUGUCCUCCAGCCUGGGCUCUGAUGGCCUCCUGCAGGCCAACUGCACUAGAAGUCCUGAUAGGUGUGAGGAACCGCUGUCGUAUGACUCUGAUUUAGGGGCAGCAAACGCAGAGGAUUUAGACAGUUCUCUGCAAGAGGUAUUGUCUGAAUUCAGCAAAGUACAGCAAGUCUCUGAACCUACAGAAGAACCGCACCUUCCUAAUCUAUUGGCGCCUGCCCCAUUGCAGCCCGCACUUCCUCCUGCUGUCUCCAGAGCCUCUCACCUGCAUUUAAAUGCAACAGCGGAGAGCACUCUUUGUUCUGCACCGCUUCCUGACACAGAUAACCCACAGUCCAUCUGUGUGGACGAUCUAGCUAAAGCCAUCAAGAUAUCAGAUCCUCCUUCACAUGUUACAGGAAUCCAGUUGUUGUCUCAGCCAAUCAUAACACACAGUGGUGCAGCAGACAAAGAUUCAUCCCAACAGCUUUACAUUAUUAACCCAGAAGAUAAAGAUGGAACCAGUAAGAUAAACGGUCAUAAGGAAAGCCAAGAGGAUCUCAGCCCAGUGACAGAAUUCUUUCUUUCACCAGCAACAGCUUGUCCAAAAAGAAGGAGCUGGAUAUCAGAAGACGAUUUCUACAGGCCUUCUCCAGAAGGGAGCAGUAAAGGCCUAACUGAUUCUUAUGGGUCCUCUCUUGAGGGGGCCAGAGAAGGCCGGUCCACAGAACUGAUCAGUGCACUUGAUUUGGAGGGACCCUUCUUAUCCUCUUCAAAGACUGGGAAGCCCAAGCCAUCCCCUGACCAGGAACAAAAGGGCUUCCAUGUUGUUCAUCGCAGGCAGAUCGGUCUUUCCAAUCCGUUCCGAGGCCUCCUGAAGCUGGGCAGUCUGGAGAGGAGGGGAGCAAUGGGCCUCUGGAAAGAGUUCUUCUGUGAGUUAUCCCCACUGGAGUUCCGCCUCUUCCUGGACCACGAAGAACGGAUUUACAGUGAGAAUUACUCUCUGCUGCGAUGCGAGUCGCUGGGGCUGGUUCACAGUGAUGGCCGGUUUGAGCUGGUGUUCUCUGGUAAGAAACUGUGCUUACGAGCUCCUUCCCGAGAUGAAGCUGAGGACUGGCUAGACAGGAUACAUGAGGCUCUACACAAGUGUCGGCCUCAGCAAGAGGAGGAAUGGGAGACGCUUGACUGUCCAGAAGACGACCUUGAAGGACACACAGUUGGAGUGUUGCUCAGUGACUCAGCUGCUUUGCUCCAGUACAACAACACAGCUGGAAAUGCCUAUGAUUGGACGUCUUCUCUUGCACCAGAAUUAGAUGCCAUUAAAGAAUCAGUUCUUUAUAUGGAUGUAGAUAAAGCUUGGGCUCCUUUUAUUUUUUCCUUGUCGUUAGAAGCUUUAAAAUGCUUUAAAGUAAAAAACCAUGAAAAAAUAUUAAGCAACAGCUAUGGAAUAGAGACAAUCCAAGACAUUCUUCCUGACACAAGUCUUGGUGGGCCUGCGUUUUUCAAGGUGAUAACCUCUAAAGCCAUCUUGAAGCUGCAAGCUGAGAGUGCUGAUGCUGCCGCAGCAUGGAGGGGGCUUGUUCGUAGAGUAUUAACCUCAUAUCUCGAAACUGCAGAGGAAGCGCUGACACUUGGUGGCAAUUUGGAUGGGAAUUCUCAGGCAAUCUUGAAAAACACUGUAAAGGAAAAUGGCUUUUUCUUACAAUAUCUGGUGGCCAUCCCCAUGGAGAAAGGACUGGACUCCCAGAGCUUCAUAUGUGCAGGUUGCUCCAGACAGAUCGGACUCAGUUUUGUGAAACCCAAACUUUGUGCAUUCUCUGGCCUCUAUUACUGUGACAGCUGCCAUCAGGACGACGAGUCUGUGAUUCCAUCGCGCCUUAUCCACAACUGGGACUUGACUAAAAGAGUAGUUUGUCGACAAGCUUUAAAAUUUCUGAAUCAAAUCCGCAAUCAACCUUUAAUUAAUCUGAAAUUGGUGAAUGAAAGCCUGUAUGCUCACGUGGAGAGGAUGAGUCGAAUCUGUAGAAGCAGAGAACAGCUGAAACUACUUGGCGAUUACCUUAUAAUGUGUCGCAGUGGGGCCCUGAAGGAGCUUAGCAAACGACUUGAUCAUCGGGACUAUCUAUUGGAAUCGCCCCAUAAAUACAGUGUAACUGAUCUGAGACAGAUGCAGAGAUUGCAAAACUGUCUUCCACAAGUGCUGCCAAGACAGCAUGAAAUCUUGCCCCCGCUGCGAACGCCGGCAGAAAUACCAGCAACAAUUGCAAGCGGACGUCCUCGUGAAACCAAAUAUGUAGUGAGCAGCUUCUUACAGAUGGACUCUACACAGGGCUUUGCUCAUCUGCAAACUCGUGACCUGGACACUGUGCAGAGGAAGGGAAAAGGGAGUGUAUGCCAAGUGCCAUUCAGUCCUAGAAAAUACAUUCCUACCACUGGUUGGAGCAGCUCCUGUGUGCAGAUGUUCACCAAGGUAGGAGUAGCCUAAACCAUACAGUGCUGUGAGGAUGCCGAGGACAGGUGCAGCUCCUCAUGUACAAGCAGAGGCUACUGCUCGUGAGUGCUGAAAAGAGAGCCAGUGAAGUAAAAGCCUGCUGGAAAAGCUCAGUGACUCGCCAAGUAAUGGUGCUUUAUUCAAACUAAUCUGGUGCUGCUUACUUUUUGCUGAAUGUCCCUCCCUGUGAAAGAAGUGUGCUCCAUUCACUGAGCUCUACGGGUCCCAUCUUAGAGGAGAUCCUACUUGGGAUGGAAAUCUGAUCGAUUUCCUGUGUGUAAACCACAAGGUUUGCAGUGGAGUGCCUGUAAUGGAAGUAUGUUAAAGGUCUAGUUUUUUAGGAUAUUCGCAAUACUGAAAGCCAGAAUUUUUCAUACAUGACUUUGCACAGGAACUGCAUCUCGCCUGCUUGGGAAAUAAACAUAGCAGCUACCUGCCGCCAAACUGCAGGGGAACUUUUCAAGAAAAACAAAAACAAAACCUGAAGCUGACAUGAAGCUCUUGUGCCUUUAGCACUUUGUCCACAGCAGCUGCCUGGUCCUGCUGUUUUCGUGCCGUGUGCCAAAUGGCUGGGGUAUCCUGAUGUUCAGACGUCCCCCUGUGAGAGGAAAGACCAUUCUUCUCUUCUGCAGAGAAACUGCUGGCUCUUCCGCAUCUAGCAUCCACCAAGGAAAGAGGCCUUUUAAAUAGCAAAACAAAAAAUCCCGAUCCUCCUGGGCUGCUACUUUUUAUUUCUUGGCCAAUAACGAGGCUGCUACUAGAUUUUAUUUUCCUUUCACUCUGAUAUGGGGAUUAUUAAAGUUUAUCUAACAGGGAAUAUGUCCUUUGUGGAGGUUGCGCCUCUUGCUGGUGGAUUAUGGAAAAAGCUUUAGACUGGCCUGGAAUCCAGUUUCUACAUUCUCAGUGGAAACACCUGCACAGUGAAGAAAUAAAUUGGCCUACAGCAUGGUAUUAUGUUA